UGACAAACAGAUAUAUUGGAUUUCAACUCAGUCUGUCCUUGCGAUUAUUUAUUUUUGUGCCGAUAAUUACCACGGUUCCGCGAGUUCCGAACAGCGAUAACAAACAUACUUGCGUAUGCUGUUGGUUACAACCGUCUAGUUCGUGCGACCUGUUACUCACAUCCUUAUCCACAAAAGCUGGCCGACGCCGAGGAUGGGUCCCUUCUUUUCAUACCUCAUUACAAGAAUGUGAUCUACUGAUAAUAAAUGAUGUCACUUUCCCCAAAAUAUUGGUGUGACUCAUGUCACUUUCGACCGUCACUUCUCCUGCUGCUUCUUCUGAUUGGUGGAGACGAUCUGUCCGCCAUAAACUACCACGUCUUCCUCAGAGUCAGCGGACAGUUGAGCCUGUGGGCAGAUCGCCAUUUAGUGAUGCGGAUUGUUGAAUCCAUGCCAAUCAGUGGUAAUUCUCCGGUUGCACUGAAGUGCCCCAAAACUCGCCCCGAUAUCCAGAAUCAAAUUCCGGAACAACUCUAUCUGGUCUUCAAUGGAAUGUUACUGACAGAAGUCUUGGAGAAAAUCUCACUCAGUGAACGGAGACCCAUUCCUCCACGGAUUGAUGUACUUCGUGCCAAAUGGUUAGCCGGUUAUGAACGACUCACCUACAAUAUCGAGCUGGCUUCUCUGAAUCACACACUGCUUCACAAACCGCUUUUGAACAUCGCUCCGUCCGGUUUCGUUCCCGAAAGCACCUCGGAUGUGAGAAUAACUCUACCAUGCACAGGAAAAGCAACCGGGAUUGCUCCUUUCCAUGUGCAAUUGGAUAUUCGAAGAGAAUUCGAAGGCUUGCGGAAGAUUCCACGGAUAUCAUUCAUCGUGUACAAGUAUUGUCUCAGUGCAGCCAAACAGAAUCAGUUUAUAAUCAAAUGCGAAUGCCGUUCAAGGUGCUCACGUAUGCGUCCUCGUAGCAGAGGUGAAAAUCGCAAAGCAUGUAUACGACACUGCCGACGACAAUUCAACCAAGCUAGUAAACGACGCAAAGUGACUGAAACCAUUCAACCGCGAUGGUGGCCGACAGGCUGAUUGUCAUUCUUCAACGUCCAGCACGACUUUAUUGCCCUAAAUAGCAUGACAUGACAUUCUAUGUGGAGAUACCCCAUCUCUUCAUGAUCCUUGCAUUCUACUUCAGACUACCCGGUCUCAUCAUUUUCUUGAUUUCUCACAUCUUCAGAUGUCUCAUUUGUUUGAAAAAACAGAAGUUUACGGUGACAACUGGCCGAGCAACAUUUUGGCUAUUGUGCUUGUCUUGUUAUGACUCAUGCGGCAUAACAGCUUUUCGAAAUCAGUACUCGCUACCUGACAUUCAAAAGUUCAUAUGUAUCCAUUCUGCUGAGUGUUUGUUUUUUCAUCAGGCUCGUUGUAUUUACCGCUAAUUAUGUAGCUUAUUUCCGUAAAAGUUGUCGAUUUCUCAAAUGGGACUUAAAAAGACCUCGCAUAAUGGCGGGAUGCCCC